AUGCCGCGGAGGGGCGCGGAAGCGCCGCUGGCCCUGCUGCUGGCGGCGGCGUGGCUGGCGCAACCCCUGCGGGGUGGCUACCACGGAGUCAGCAUGUUCGCCGUGCAGACGGCUCAGCCCGACCCUUGCUACGACGAGCACGGGCUGCCCCGUCGCUGCAUCCCCGACUUUGUCAACUCGGCCUUCGGGAAGGAGGUGAAGGUGUCGAGCACCUGCGGGAAGCCGCCGUCGCGGUACUGCGUGGUGACGGAGAAGGGCGAGGAGCAGAUCCGCUCCUGCCACCUCUGCAACGCCUCCGACCCCAAGCGCGCCCACCCGCCCUCCUUCCUCACCGACCUCAACAACCCGCAUAACCUGACCUGCUGGCAGUCCGACAGCUACGUCCAGUACCCCCAUAACGUCACCCUCACCCUCUCCCUGGGCAAGAAAUUCGAGGUGACCUAUGUCAGCCUGCAGUUCUGCUCGCCGCGCCCCGAGUCCAUGGCCAUCCACAAGUCUAUGGACUACGGCAAGACCUGGGUGCCUUUCCAGUUCUACUCCACGCAGUGCCGCAAGAUGUACAACAAGCCCAGCCGGGCCGCCAUCACCAAGCAGAACGAGCAGGAGGCGGUCUGCACCGACUCGCACACCGACGUGCGGCCCCUCUCCGGCGGCCUCAUCGCCUUCAGCACCCUGGACGGCCGCCCCACCGCCCACGACUUCGACAACUCGCCCGUCCUGCAGGACUGGGUGACGGCCACCGACAUCAGGGUGACCUUCAGCCGCCUCCACACCUUCGGCGACGAGAGCGAGGAUGACUCCGAGCUGGCCCGCGAUUCCUAUUUCUACGCCGUCUCUGACUUGCAGGUCGGCGGGCGAUGCAAGUGCAAUGGCCACGCGUCGCGCUGCGUCCGGGACCGAGACGACAGCCUGGUGUGUGACUGCAAGCACAACACGGCCGGCCCCGAGUGCGACCGCUGCAAGCCCUUCCACUACGACCGGCCCUGGCAGAGAGCGACGGCCCGGGAGGCCAACGAGUGCGUGGCCUGCAAUUGCAACCUGCACGCCCGGCGCUGCCGCUUCAACAUGGAGCUCUACAAACUCUCGGGUCGGAAGAGCGGCGGCGUUUGCCUCAACUGCCGGCACAACACUGCGGGGAGGCACUGCCACUACUGCAAGGAAGGUUUCUACCGAGACCUCAGCAAACCCAUCUCCCACCGCAAAGCCUGCAAAGAGUGUGACUGCCAUCCCGUGGGUGCUGCUGGCCAGACCUGUAACCAGACCACGGGGCAGUGUCCCUGCAAGGACGGUGUCACCGGCAUCACCUGCAACCGCUGUGCCAAGGGCUACCAGCAGAGCCGCUCCCCCAUCGCCCCCUGCAUAAAGAUCCCUGCUGCCCCUCCCACCACUGCUGCCAGCAGCACAGAGGAGCCUGCAGAUUGUGACUCAUACUGCAAAGCCUCCAAGGGGAAACUGAAGAUCAACAUGAAGAAAUACUGUAAGAAAGACUACGCUGUCCAGAUCCACAUCCUGAAGGCUGAGAAAAACGCCGACUGGUGGAAGUUCACCGUCAACAUCAUCUCCGUCUACAAACAAGGCAGCAACCGGAUCCGGCGUGGAGAUCAGACCCUCUGGAUCCACUCCAAGGACGUCGCCUGCAAGUGCCCCAAAAUCAAACCCAUGAAGAAGUAUUUGCUGCUGGGCAACAACGAGGACUCUCCCGACCAGAGCGGCAUCAUUGCGGACAAAACCAGCCUGGUGAUCCAGUGGAGGGACACCUGGGCUCGGAGGCUGAGGAAGUUCCAGCAGAGGGAGAAGAAGGGGAAGUGUAAGAAAGCCUAAAGGAGGAGAAGACAACUGAGGGGUGCAGGAG